AUGACCAGCCCCUCUCAUACGCCGAGCGCGCACAAGGUUAUCAGGCUUCAAGAACUCGUCGACAUCAUAUUUAUUCAAUUGGAAGGAGAAGAAAACGACACCACUGACCUCCAAUGCGGUAACGACAUUGAGCGGAUUGACUCCCAGCUGUUUCAGACUUUGGCGAGUCUUGCACGAACGAGCCAGAUUUUUCGUGUGCCAGCAACUAAGUAUCUCUGGAUGGUUCAGUUCAAUAUCAAGCCCCUCCUAAAGCUUCUACCUCAGGAUCUAUGGGAGGAAAAUAACGGGAUAUUCAAAUUCUCCGGCAAGCGAAUAAUAACAAGGGAGGAUAUGCUGCGCAUCAAUGAGCUCAGACCACGUGUCUUACAUUUGCUGGAUCUGACUGGCGACGGGCUGUUCUCGGGGAUCGACACCAGUUCUAUGUCCGUGAUCUCGGAAUUUUGGCCGAAACCACUCCUCCCCAACCUAAGGACCAUACGGAGCAACUCGGCACUUGACACCAUCGGACUUGACCCACUGAUCUAUGUCGGCAGCGCUCUCUCAAGUAUGGAAUUUUGCUUCGGAACAUGGGAUGAGAGGCGUCUUCGCGCUCUGAGACUUCUGCCUUCGGCUUGCCUCAAUUUGCGUGUGCUUCGUAUCGGUGAUUUCGACUUCGACUGCAUCUACCCGGGGGGUAUGAACCCACUCGUGUCCGACCUUUUGUCGACAGCCCUUCGUGGGCUCUGGCACUUGACAAGACUCGAGACCUGUCCUCCCGACCGCAUGGCUAUGCAGCAUCUAACGCGCUUAACUUCGCUUGACACCCUUCGGUUCGAAAUCACGCAGGAUGACGUUUAUGUUCCCGAGGGUGGCUACACACACAUCUUCCCAGAAACCCUUAGGACCCUCGAAGUGAUGACUAACUCGACCGAAAGCGCCUCCAACCUUUUACGGUCUCUGGUUGCCUCCCCCGAGAACCUUGAAAUUGACUUCGGCUUUGGUGAUAACCUCGCAGGAACAAGAGAUCUCUUGUCGUUCAUCCCAAUGCAAAUGAAUAACCGAAAGGGCGGGUUGAAGUCUCUGUCCUUGCGAGCUCGCGAUCAGCAAUAUAACCAUGCAAUAUCGAAUGGAUCUCUCUGUAUGAUGGACCUCGAACCAAUCAUGGAGCUCACACGUCUGACGACGUUGGAUAUAUCUCUAACGCCAAGAGUCAACCUCGACGACGGCGAUCUAUUGCGACUCGCGCAGGCUCUUCCUCUGCUCGAAGAUCUCAGACUGGGUAAUGGAACUCGGACAAUCACCGUGCCUACUGCUGUUGCGUUUCUGUCCGAAGCUGACCUCGCUGGCGAUGUCGAUCAACGGCACGGCUCGAGUCCCACAAUUUCCUAA